CUCUCUCUCUCUCUCUCUCUCCUUCGGGGGGUGAAGACUUUGGAGCGGGACGCACCGUCGUUGAUCCUUGGAAUUCGAGGGUUUCUAGGGUUCCUCCGAUCGCGUUCCCCCCUUGCGUAUGAGAAAGUUCUCAUCUUGGAUUUCAUCCCAUACUCUCUCGCCCCCUUUCUUCCUCCUCGAUCGAAUCGAUUCUGCCCACACGCGGAGCCGGCGAUUACUCUGUUCUCCACUGUUGUGGCAUCUCGAUCGCUUGAGAUCUUAGCUUCGCGUGAUCCCUGUUCAAUCUUGAUCUUGAUUCCUCUUGUCUGGGUGAAAAAAGGCGAAAUUUUGAGUCCUUGUCGACCCUGUUCUUCCUCUAGUGACACUCCUCAGUACAAUCUCCAAAAAAAGAGUCUCCUUCUCGUUGAGUUGUCCAUCGAAAUCGCGAAAAAAGACGAGAUUUUUGGUGGGUUUUUUGGCGAAUUCUGUUUGUCUUUGAGGCUUCGCGAUGGCCGAUUCGGACAACGAAUCGGGCGGGCAGAACCACAGCAAUACGGGGGCGGCGGGGGAGCUGUCGUCGCCGCGGGAGCAUGACCGGUUCCUGCCCAUCGCCAACGUGAGCCGCAUCAUGAAGAAGGCCCUCCCGGCCAACGCCAAGAUCUCCAAGGACGCCAAGGAGACGGUGCAAGAGUGCGUGUCCGAGUUCAUCAGCUUCAUCACCGGGGAGGCCUCCGACAAGUGCCAGCGCGAGAAGCGCAAGACCAUCAACGGCGACGACCUCCUCUGGGCCAUGACCACCCUCGGGUUCGAGGAGUACGCCGAGCCCCUCAAGGUCUACCUCCAGAGGUUCCGGGAGAUGGAGGGCGAGAAGAGCGGCGGCUCGUCGUCAUUGUCACAGCCACAGCAGAAGGACGGCGGCGGUGGCGUUGCCAUGAGCAUGGGGAACAAUGUGAGCGGUUUCGCCAGCGGCGGCGGCGGCGCGGCGAUGUAUGGCGGCGGAAUGACGAUGAUGAUGGGGCAACAGAUAUACGGCUCACCGCCAUCCUCAUCCUCGUAUCACCACCAUCAUCAGAUGGCCAUGGCGGGAAAGAACAGCAUGGGGAGCGGCAAUGGCGACGGUGGUGGGAGCUCAUCUUCUUCCACAGGGAUCGGAAGGCAAGGCAGGGUUUAAUCGACGGCUAAUUAUUGUUCCGAGUUGUAGACAUGGCCAGAUACAUAUAUUAAUACAUGUCUCAUGUUCUUCUUCUCUGUAUCAAAUUUGUUAGUCCCAUUCUCUUCCUUCUUCCUGUAAUGAAACAAUUGCAUGGAUUUGGUGGCGCAGUUCUCUUA